AUGGGAGCAUUUAGCACUAAUCUCAGUACAGGUACUGCUAGCUCACAAGCAGCUUGUGGGCAGCCAAUAAAUCCUCCACGAAUUGUUGGGGGUCAAUCAGCCAAACCAGGGUCAUGGCCCUGGCAAGUCAGCAUUUCAAAUAACAAGCAGCAUUUCUGUGGAGGCUCCCUCAUCUCAGACCAGUGGAUCUUGUCGGCGGCUCACUGCUUCUAUGAUGCCAAUAUUUUUAACACAUACGAAGUGCUGCUGGGUGCCAAUCAGCUCUUCAACCCCUCAAGUAAUGCAGCAGCACCCCCACUGAAAAAGAUUGUCUUGUACCCUGCCUACAAUCCAGACACUAACUCUGGGGAUGUUGCUUUGCUUCAACUGAAGGCUCCUGUGAAAUUCACGGAAUACAUCCGCCCAGUCUGCCUGCCAAACUCCUCUGUGCAAUUCACUCCAAAUGCAGACUGCUGGGUCACUGGAUGGGGAAACAUCAACAGCAAUGUGAAUUUGCCAUUUCCAUCAGUUCUUCAGCAAGUGAAGGUACCACUGAUAAGCCAAAAAGCCUGCAACACCCUGUACAACAAUGUUACCACGUCACACAUUGGCAAGGAUCUUAUCAAGGAUGAUAUGAUCUGUGCUGGUUUCCCAGAAGGUGGAAAGGAUUCCUGCCAGGGAGACUCCGGGGGACCCCUGGUUUGCAAUCUCCCAGAAGGUUGGACCCAGGCUGGCAUUGUCAGCUGGGGCAUAGGGUGCGCCCAGGCCAGCCGCCCUGGUGUCUACACUCUCGUGCCUUUCUAUGCCGACUGGAUCCAAAAGACGAUGAACGGUGGAUUGCAAAGUGCCCCUCUUGCGACACUCCUCUUGCUGCCUCUUGCACUGACCCUCCUGUGA